AUGGGCGCCACGCAAAAUGGGACGACUUUGAAUGCGAAGAUUCCCGAGUCAGGCAAGUCCGGGACUGGAAAGAAAGAGAAGUCCCGACGUGGCUACUUUCGAUGGUCUCUAGCGCUCGCUGUGAGACUUUUUAUCUGGUAUACGGUUCUCACUCCGUUCCUCCAAUGCCCAUCUGAUCUCUCCGGCUUGGAUGAAUCCUCUCCUCGUGUUUGCAAGCCCUAUUUGAUCACACGCUCGUAUAUUGAACCUCACGUCGACCGCUAUUACCAAGCUUAUGCCGCGCCUUACGUUGACCAGGCGCGACCUUAUGCCGCUACGUUCAAUGAUCGCGUCUACAACCCCGCUUCAAAACUCGCGAAACUUGGAUAUCAGACAUAUGGCGCUCCGACUAUCGCGCACGUUACCGAAUUUGGUCAGGAGAAAUGGGAGUCGGUGGCAGUGCCUCGACUGAAGACCAUCCAGACUAGAGCGCAAACUGUGUAUCAGGAAAAAUUAGAUCCUCACGUACAAAAAGCUAUCGCCGUUGUGACACCAUACACAGAGAUUGUCUCCAGCCAGGCAACGAAUAUUCUCGAAGAAUACAUUCUUCCUUUCUAUGCUCGUUCGAAGCCAUUUGUCAUACAGGCCUAUUCUUCGAGCGAGGGCAUUCUCUCCGGGACAGUGAUUCCCCUGGCUCAUGAGGGAUGGACAACGUUAGUUGUCUUCGUCAAGGAUAACCUCAUACCUACCAUCACGGGUUUGUAUAGCCAAAAUGUCGAGCCGCAACUCGUCAAGAUUGGUGAGAGAUUGGCUUCUUACCGUGAAGGCAAGAAAUUGAGAACCGUCGUGGAUGAGUUUGAAGGUACGACUGAGGUAUUGACCACAUCAACUGCUGCGCCUACACCAACCUCCAUCAGUACCUCGCAAACUACAGAGGCUCCACAGUCCACAACGCAGAGUGUGGAGGUGCAAGCAUCUCUAACUCCGGAGCAACAGAAAGAAAAGACUAGAGAACAGGUCAUUUCUGAUCUACGCCUUUGGCAGCAAAAGUUCGCAGUGGCUGCUGAUAACGGAGUCGAUGAUCUUGGAGAACGAGUGGAGCAGAUUGUUACCAGUCAACUCGAAAGUGGGUCUAAGAAACACGCUGAAUCUUUGAUCGAGGCGUUGGAAGCAGCCCAAGAACACGAAAUCUCUAAAAUCAAACAGCAUAUCAACUCCAUCAUUGAAGGACUCUCACCAUAUGAUGCUCCGGAAGAUGAGCAGAAAGCGAAUGAGGAUCUACUACAGUAUAUACGCUCAUCAGGAGGUACUAUCAGAGACCACGCCCACGCGCUCCGCGAAUGGUACAAUGGAUUUGAACAGGAACUUUACCGCAGGGUUGCGGACGCUGCCCACUCCACGCUUGAAGUGUUAGACGAAAUCCGCGACUUGGGACUGCAAGAGAUUGGUAUGCGAUGGGCUUGGAUGGAUGGAGUUACUUACAAGGACUGGGAGAAGUAUCAUGCUUUAAGGAAGCAGUUCGAUGAGUGGAGAGAAGAAGUUUUUAUGGCUGGUAUGCAGCAUGAAAUGGUCGAGGAAGCCAAAGCUAUAGCCAAUGAUAUUCUCGGCAGGGGAAUGGCUGUUGCCGAAGAUGCAGCCAAGGAACUUUCACGUUUGAAAGAAGUUGGCAAGUGGAAGAUCCAGGCAAGAGAAGUCAGCGAGGACUUUGAGACCAGAAACGAAGCCCCUCCUCCAUUGCCCAAACCCGAAGAGGAGAAUGUAGAGGAAGCCGACUCUGAGGAGGCAUUCCAGGAAACAGCGGAGUUUGAUGAAGCUUCUGUCGUUGUCGAAAGCGUUGCCGAGACGACUACUGUGAAAAUCGAACUAGCAGACGCAACACCAGAAGCUUCGGGCAAUACCGAGACCGAUAAGUCUAGGGAUGCAGACGAGCCUGAACACUCCGUUACCGAGACAUCGAACGACGAAGAAGCGAUCAAUGAAAGCACAGUUUGGGGAGGAGUUGCGGCUCAAGUUGUAACGCAUCAAGUGCCUAUAUUUGAUGAUGACGACGAAAGCAGCGUUGCCAAUCAUAUAAAGAGUCUAGCCAGCGAGCCCGGUGAGCGAUACGCAGAAGCUACUACAGCAGUUGGUGAGGGCUUUUUUGCCCAGCCUAGCGCUCCUAGUUACGAAGAUCAAGCGGCUGCCCUGGAGUCUGUAUCAUCUGUUGCCGCAUCGCGCUUACAUGAGGGCCUCAGUGCGGCCUCGGCUCAGUUUGCCAGUUUGAAGGCUCCAAUUGCUCCAACCCCUACCGCCACAAGAGAUCCUAUUUUCCUUGAUGCUCAACGCCGUUACUAUGAAGCUAUCGGUAUGGCCCAUGAUCGCUAUUCGGCCUUCAUCUCCUCUGCAUCCGAUGUGAUUUUCGAAGAGCCUACCCCAACCCCAACCCCGCCACCUUUGAACCCUGAAGCUCUUUUGGAAAGUGCUAUCAGUGAGUACCAGUAUAUCUCUGGUCUAGCUUCUUCCAGCUUGGCUGCAGUAAUUUCCUCUGCCAGUUCGGCGGCAGAACAUGGCGGAGGAUCUGCUCGUGGCGUGAUUGAUGAUGCACUAUCCAGGUAUAGCAACGCCAUGUCAGCAGCCUCGGAAUCAUUGUCUGCGGUUUCAGAGUCUGCCAGCUCAGCAAUUUAUGGGACACCCACUGGAGCUUUCGAGUCGAUUACGAGUCAGGCCUCUGACCGGUGGGAGAGUAUCAUCUCCCAAGCUAGCGAACAGAUCUACGGCACACCGGCACCUUAUAUUCAGCAGCUGUAUGAUGCUCAAGUAUCGCGAUACGAAGCUAUCGAGAGCUUCGUUUCUGAGCUUGUGGUAGGUAAGGAGCCUGCUUUCACUGAGAGUGUCAUGAGCAGAUUCCGAUCGGCAUAUGAGACGCCUUCCGCUGAUGCGACCAAGGUUCAGUCGGAAGCUGUCAAGACGGCUGAAAGCGUUAUUGGCAGUGCAACAAGCAUAAUCAAGGACGAGUUGUAA